GAGAAAGGGGAAAAUUAACCAAGUGAUCGAUAGCUGUGCAAGUUUCCUUUAAGCCUCCCCCUCACCAUUCUUUGCCCUCCUCUUUGAUUUAUGUGAGACCACGCCACCCUUCUAUGUAGAUAGCAUUAAAAUCCUUGCCAUCUCAUGCCUUCUCCCCCUCUUCUUAUAAACAGAGGAGGUAUCUCCAAAGGUCAAACCCAUCCACCUCUCAUGCAAGCUAGCCUCAUGUCGAGCCACCGCAACAUGGAGGAAGAGAGAGGGAGAGAGGAGAGAGAAGAUGCACCAGUGGUAGUAGAAGAAGGAGAGACAAAAGAGAUCAUGUUGGUGGAUUUGGAAUCAGAUGGUGGGGAUGGAUCGACGCCGGCGGCGCCGCCCAUGCUCGAGCUUAAUCUUUUGGAAUCAUUUGGCUCGGUGGAGGCGGAGCGGGCGCCGGUGGCGGUGCCGGAGUCGGAGCCGAAGGUGUUCUCGUGCAACUACUGCCAGAGGAAAUUCUACAGCUCGCAGGCACUGGGCGGUCACCAGAACGCGCAUAAGCGCGAGCGCACCCUCGCCAAGCGCGGUGCCGCCCACCACCACGGAGGGUUCGUCGGCGACCAUGCAGGCGGCGGCGUUGGAGGAGGAGCCGCCUACCGGUUCCCGCCGAGCAUGGCGUCGCUGCCCCUCCAUGGGUCGUACCCCGGGAGCCAUCUCGGCAUCCAGAUGCAUUCCAUGGUCCACAAGCCGUACAUCGGGACGAUGACGACGGCGGCGGCGACGAUGACAUCGAUGGCGGCGGCCGGAUUGCUCUAUGGGAGGCAGGGGGCGUGGUCGCGGCCUCCACCGAUCGUCAACCGCCAGCCGGCAAUUGGAAGGCUAUUAACCGAAGAAUUUUAUGGUGCGGCCAGAGCUCCGGCGGCGAGGUUCGAUGAGUCAGCAAAAGCGGUGGUCGGAGGUUUCCGGUGGAGCGGCGGUGCUGGUGGUGCUGCCGGUGGCAAUCAUUUGAACGCUAGACAGGAGGAGUUGCCCAAGCUUGACUUGUCUCUCAAGCUCUAGAGUAGUUGUUUACAGUGCCCUUUGGAUCCACUGCAGUGCAUAUGCUACGCCGCCGGAAAACCGUAUAGCCUUGAUAGCUGCCACAUCAUUCAUCUCAAAAAUCGAUAAUUCAGACAUAAUAUAAUUGGUGGCAAAUGCACGUUGAUCGUCUAUUUUCACGAUAGAUGAUAUGAUGGCUACUCAGGAUUGUACAGCUCUCUACACAUACUGCCAAGGAUUCUGAUUCGUGAUACUUAGUAGAUCACACAUAGAACUUGCAUGAAGUUUGGCUUCUCUUUCCAUUGGUCCCCCCCCCCUCUCUGUUUUUUGUCAAUUGACUUCUGAUUUAUGAGUAAAUAAUGAGUUCUUUUUGUUGAA